AUGUCCGAAGCCGCAAGCCUGGCUGAGAUCACCUGGAGCCAGACCUCUGCCAAGGCCAGCACCUUGUACCAAGGCCACCACUACCACCCUGGCUCUGCCCCGGAGCACAUGGAGCUGAGGCCGAACGCCAGCUGCAAGGAGAAUGUGCCCCCCAGACCCCCGGCCCCCCUGAGGCCAGUCUCUUUAGAGCCCCGGAGAUUUCUGAAGAGCCUGGGUGUCAGCCUGGGCAGUGGGCAUGGCCAGCAGGUGCCCGUGCAUUGGGCCAGGAGGGGAGGGUCUGCCGCCACACCCUCCCCAGGGACAGUGCUGUGCCAGGAGCCCUGCCUCGUCCAGACAAACCUGGCCAGCCCUGGCCCCAGCCCACAUCUUGCUCUGGAGGACACAACUGGCCAAAGGGCCAACUCAACCUUCCUGCAGCAGAGCAACCUGCAGCCCUGGGCUGGGAGGCCUCAUGUGAGGGCCCAGAGUUUUGCCAUCCACAACCUGAGCCUAAGGAAGACCAGCUUUGCCGUGCGUGGAAAUCGAACCAGCCCCCACCUCUGGCCAGAACCUCAGGAAAACUUCAGUUCCCACACUCUGCCACGGGGAACCCCACUCUGCCGCAGCGGGCAGCUGACUUGCCCAUCACCCAGCCUGAGGCAGUCCCAGCCACCAGCCCCAGAUACUCCCCGCCUGGACUUCAGGCCCCCUGCAGGCUUCAUCCCUCGAGAUGGGCGUCCUUGGCCAACCACCAGAUCCUGGUGUGCCCUGGGCCGAUGGACCUCCGGGCCCGUGGGUGAGCCCCUCACCCUGGAGGACCUUGCUCUCCCUGCCCAGAGCCAGGCUCAGGCCCCAUCCCAUGCUGGUGUCCAUCAGUUGCUGUCCUCCAUGCCACACCUGGAGCACAAGGCAGCCCGACUCAGGCACUGGGGAUCCCAGGAACCCCUGGGCCCUGAGCAGCAGGACCCUUGGGCCAGCAGUGGCCAGGCAGUCCUUGACCAGCCCCAGCCCAGCCAGCCUGCUCUUGCUUGCUGGGAUGAGAGGCAGAGAUGCCUCAGAAAUCCCAGGGAAAAGACACAAGGAGCCUGGGCCAGUCUCCCAGACUCUCAGGCAAACAGCCAGCCAGCAUCACUGAAGACUACUUUUGGGAUACUGAUGGAGGACCCCCUUGACCCUGAGAAAGGGGUUCUUCCUGCCUACACCCUAAGCAGAAGAGGGAACUGCUCCCCAGGGCCUGCAUAUGAUGGAGGGCAGAGGGGGAGCCCUAGUUUCCCUCAAGGGGCGGGCAACCGGGAGACCAGGCCCUGUUCUUCCACCUUCUCCAGUGCAGCCUGGGGAGUCCUGCCUGGGCAGGAAGGCAGGAAGGGGGCCCUGAGGGAGCAGGUCAGCGGAGAAGAAGAAAGGAUGGCUUUCUCCUGUCUGUCAGACACCAUCUCAGCGAGGAGCACCCUGCAGAAUAAGGUCCCAAACAUUGUGACCCUGGAGACCAAGACAGACCGCUGGCAGCUGCUGCCCAGAUGUUUCAGAGCCUGGCAGCACACGGCGCAGAAGCGGCGGACAGUUGUGGCAGCAGAGGCUCUGUGCCGCCGACAGCUGUUGCGAAAGGGCCUGCGGGCACUCCGGUGGGCCCUGUACCUCCGGGAGGCGUGGCUUGAGGCAGUGUCAGGGUGGCACAUGAAGACCCUGCUGGCCCGGAGCUUCCGAGAGUGGAGACAGCUGGCCGCACAGCAGAAGCAGGAGCCCCACACGCAGGCAAUGCCAGAGUCCCCGGCCUCUGGGGGAGUCUGGGGCCAAGGCCGCUCAGGAAGGAAGGCAGCUGCAGACCCCGCCCUGACCAGCAGCUUCACUAACAGUAAAGGGAACCUGAGGAAGGAGGAAGGAGGCCUGCCGAUUCCUUCGCAUCCUGGACUGAGACCAGAUGGCAGAGACGGGAGAGCCCAGAUCCUGCAGGGACUGCAAUGGCUGGCUGUCUUCCUCCUGUGGUGCCAUCAGAAGGGGCUGGCCAGGCAGGAGACGGGAGUUCAGGGAGAAGCUGCCUGGGCCCCGCCGAGGACUCGGAGGGCGAAGUGGCCUCACCAGGCCUGGCAUGCAGCCCCAGCCAGGGUGGCCCCACAGGAGACCCAGUGCCAGAGAGCCUGGCUCUGCAGGUGCUUUGGGGCCUGGCAGCGGUUUCUGCAAAGAGGAGUCCGGUGCCGGAACCACCUAGCUGACCGCCUGGUGGGGACCCUGAACACGUGCCUGCGACAGUGGGUGCAGAUGAAGCAGCUCCGGGCCUCGGAUGAGGUGAAGGUGACCCAGCUGUUCCUCUGCCGGCAGAAGGCAGGGACUGCAGCCCUUCACAGCCCAGCCCCUGGAGUGGCCACAGCCCAGGGCCCCCGGGCAGUGGCCCAGGCCCAGGGGCUGCUCCUGGAGCGAGGUCAGGGCUCCCUGCAGAAAGCCUGCCAGAGGCUGGCCCUCUACCGGGUGCUGCUGCUCUGGAGGAUGCGGCUCUCCCAGCGCCAGCGGGCUGACUUCUUCCUCCAGGGCCUGCGGCAGCGGACCCUGCAGCACAUCCUGCACCAAUGGCGCUCGAGGGCUUGGGGUCCCUGUACCCCAUCCAGCAACGCCAGGACCACCUCGGCCCCAGAGUCACUGGACAGUGUCCCGGAAGGGAAGACCUCACUGGGCUGCAGCUCACCCUGUGGUUCCCUAGAGAGGCCUCCCAGGGACCCCGCCCUCCUGGAGAUCCUCCAGGCGACCUUUCUUCGGCCAGCUGGGCAGUGGCAGCAGAAGCAGAGCCUCCUGCCCUGGCAGGUGCGGGCCAAGCAGGCCCGGAGCACAGCGUAUCGGUACCAGCGCACCCUCCAGAGGCGCGUCCUCCUCAGCUGGAGCCACUGGACUACGGCCCAAAGGGCUUGGAGAGAGCUGGCAGCCCACUGGGCCUGGGCCCGGAGCUGCAGGGCGGUACUGAGCCUGUGGCGGCAGCGGCUGGCAGAGUGGUGGGCAGUGGAGCAGUGGGCCCAGGACCGGGGCCGGGGACUGGCACAAGAUGCCCUGCGCCGCUGGCACUCCUGCUGGCAGAGGCAGCAAAUCCUACAGGAAAAGUACCGGGUGUGGGCCCAGGUUCGUCUCCAGGGCCUACGGAGGGCCGUGUUCUGGGGCUGGCAGCAGGCAGCAGCUCGGCGGAGACACAUGGUGACCAGGCCAGAGAAACUCCUACUGCAGAGCCACUUCCAGGCCUGGCAUGGACUUGUGAGAGAGGCUGGAAUGCUCUGGGCCCGGCGCCAAGCCUUCCAGGAUGGCCGGAAGAGAAGGGCACUGAAGAAUGCAUUUGCUGCAUGGCAGGGAGCCCUAGUGGCAGCAGCCCAGGCCCAGGAGCAGCACAUGGCCUGGGAUGCCAUCACCUGCUGGAGCAGGGACAUUCAGCAGGGCCGGGCAUGCAAGCAGCUGAGGCGGGUCCAGGCCCAGCAGGCCUUGGAGGCAUGGAGCUGGGCCCCGGGCCUGUGCCAUAAGGCCCACCAGCAGGCAGAAGAGAGAUCCCUGGCCCAGGCCCAGGCAGGGGUGGCCCUGUGCUGGACAUGGUGGGUUCGUGAGUCCCGCCUGUGCCAGGUCAGCAGAGCCCAUGCUGCCCGAAAACUGAGUGCCCAGGUCCUAGAGGCCUGGGCUCAGGCAGCAGCCCAGUCCUGGGUCCAGCGAGCUGCUUUUGCCCAGCUCCAGCAGGGUGGGCUCGGGCUCCUCCUGCGGACCCACUGGGCCCAGUGGCAGACAGCGCUGCUCAGAGUGCGGCAAGAAGUACGGGCUGAGGUGGAGGAGACCAGCACUGUCCACCCCAGGCCCGGAGCUGACCUCACGCAUUGCCUGAGGCUGGCCAGCAGAGUGCAGCUCCUACUGCUGAUGGACUCCCCUGCCUGGUGGAAACAGACCCACAGCUGCUGGACACAGGCCCCAGGGCUCGGACUGCCUGGAACAGCACAGCACCACCACCUCAGUAGCCACAGGGAGCAGCAAGGAACGCCCCGGGCUCAGGGCGACAGAGAGCAGGACCUCAAGUGGCCCCUUGCCCCCUGCUGGCCUCCCCUCCACCACGCUUUCCAGCUCUGGCUGCAGUGGCCUGUCCACUACCACGGGGCCCAAGGCCUGCCUCUCUGGACAACACCCAGCAGGCCCCCUACAGGACCAGGUGGAGACUGUAGCCCUGAGAGCAGAACCCUCAAAGGAACUGGAGAGGCCUAUCAGAGGAGGCUGGGGAUGAGCCUGCAGCACUGGCACCUUGAGGCACUGCUUCACCAGUUCCAGGGCUCCCAGAAGGCCAGGCGCCUGGCAGCCGCAUGGCAGCACUGGGGAGAUGCUCAUGGGGCACAGCAGCUGGCACGGACCCUGUUCAGACAGUGGCACCUGAGAUGGGCCUGGGGGACAUGGCGGCGGCGGGUCCUGCAAUUGUGGGUGGCUCAGCGAUUCCUGCAACAAGAAAACAGCUGCAUCCUUUCCCAGGCUUUGGCGAAGUGGCACCAGCGCCUGGCAGCCAGGGGCCGAAGUGGAGCCAACGGCAGCCUGAGACCCCCAAGCAAGCUGGGCCCCAGGGGCCCUGGGAGUGGGCCGGAAGAUGCCCACGCCCCUGGGCACAGCAGACUUAGGAUGGAGCAGGGGCCCAGCUGCAGCUGUGACUUGUUCCCAUAAAGGCAAAAGCAGAAGUGAGCUGGCCUUCCCAUGGGAAGGAACUAUGGGCCGCCCAUUCGGGGAGUGCGGGCUGAGGCCAUGGGUGCUCAUGCCAUGGCCUAGGGAUGGGGCUCUGAGGGACAAUAAAAUGCCCUCCGAGUCCUAGUGGCUUCUCCUGCUCCGUCUCUCGUCAGGCUGCCCCUCUGCCCAGAGGCUGGCCCGAGAGGAAGUGAAAAAUGACUCUAGCUGCUUCGGCCCCCAACCCACUUCUGUGAACCCUUGACAAG